GUAACCACUCGUCAAAUAAACUAGAUGUGGUUGGAUACUUUGGAACAGCUCUUUAAAUAAUGUUGGUCAAGUUAACUCUGUGGAUUUUAUAUGCAUCAGUCCAUAAAGUCUACAGUGAUUUGCAACCUCGAAACUGCUCUACCUCUGGCGGUAUUAAUGGCGGACAUGUCACAUAUUCAAAGGGUGGGCAGGAGGGAAGUACUCUGACCUAUCACUGCAGACCAGGUCAGUACCCUUUCCCUGUGAGCUCCAGAACCUGCAGCUCCAACGGAUUAUGGACCACGAUGAGACUCUUCAAUGGCCGGCCAGUCACACGGGCUACAUGUAAAGAUGUGAUGUGUCCAGCUCAGCUGCAGUUGGACAAUGGUGACUUCUGGCCCAGAAACCAGUGGUUCAGAGUGGGGGAGGUCCAGAGUUUCUCAUGUGGGGGGGGGUUCAUGCUGCACGGUACGACCCACAGAAACUGCACCAUCACUGGGGAGUGGACCGGGACCACUCCUGUCUGCCGCGACUAUGAAAUGCCUGAUGACUGCGAUGACCCCGGGACACCUCCAGGAGCCCAGAGUCAGUGGUUCUCAGGGCAGUUCCUGAUUGGAGACAGAGUGAGCUACAGGUGUCAGAGUGGACUGCAGCUGCUGGGAUCUGCUCACAGAGAGUGUCUGGAGCACAGGGAGUGGAGCGGCACUGCCCCGAGAUGCCAAAGCCCAUACAUGUUUGACUCACCCACUGCAGCAGCAGCAGCACUGGCUGGAUCUCUAGCAGGAGUCAUGGAUGUACUGUCUCCAGAAUUCAUUAAAGAUAAAACAGCAAAUUUUCAGCGAUCGAUUGGGAUCUCUGCAGGGAGUCGCCUUAAUGUGUUCAUCGUUCUGGACACCUCCGGGAGCAUCACGGCAACAGACUUUAACUCAUCCAGAAAGGCCACCAUCGAUCUCAUCAGAAAGCUGGCAACAUAUGAAGUCCAGAUUAGGUACCAUGUAUUGUCUUUUGCCACUGAAGUCAUUGACAUCGUGGACAUCCUCAACAUCUACACCCGUGACAAUGAAAACCGGGUCAUUUCCACUCUGGAGGACUUUGACCCAAAAUGUCAUGGUCCAAAAACUGGCACGAACCUUUUUGCUGCAUUGUCUAAAGUCAAUGAGAAAAUAGCUUUUUUAAAGAUAAGUGAAAAGAAACACUUCAAUGAGACACAAAAUGUAAUCAUAAUACAAACUGACGGUUAUUCUAAUAUUGGAAAUAAGUCAUCUCUUGCAUUGAAAAUGAUACGGAGCACUCUUGGUUAUAACUACACAGCCAUUGACCACACCCAUGAGAGGCUGUUAGAUGUUUAUGUGUUUGGAGUCGGCUCCAAAGUAAAGAAAGAGGAACUGAACUCUUUGGCCUCAAAGAAACGUGGCGAGGAGCACCUUUUCAUUUUAGAAAACUACAGCAACCUUGGAAAAGUGUUCAACCAAAUCAUCAGUGACAAAACAGUGACAAUUUGUGGACUAGCCCAAGAGGAUGUGCCAGAUGACAGUAGCUUUUACACUCAUCCCUGGCAUGUUACCUUUGCAGGGAAUUGGACAGAACAAAAGUGCUCUGGAUCCAUUAUAAGCCAAAACUGGGUGCUGACAGCUGCUCAUUGUUUUGGCAGGAAAGGUUCAGACCAGGUCCCUCACAAAAUUGAAAUAAAAUAUGGUAAUAAACUCUAUGGUGAAAGCAGUGUGAUGUCCAAACAAGUGAUAAUGCAUCCCAAAUACAAUGUGGAAGGCCUUAAGCAGAGGAAUGUAAAGGAGUUUUAUGACUAUGAUGUUGCUUUAGUGGAGGUGGAUACGCCCAUACCUUUGUCAUGGAAAGCCAGGCCUAUUUGCUUACCCUGCACUGUUCCGGCGAAUCGAGCCAUGAAGAAAGUGAACUCUACAUGUGAGCAGCACAGGAAUGAACUGAUUUUGCUCAAUCGGACAUCUGUUUCAUUCAUUCAAAAAACUUCACAAGGCCUCAAGCGAAAAGAAACUCAUAUUCACAUCGGAAAUCAGAGGAGAGCUUGUGUGGAGAAAGCCAGGAAUACAAUCAGUGAUGCAGAGGUAACAUUGGAGGAGUAUGUACCGGAACGGUUCUUCUGUUCUGGGGGAACUAUAAACAAAAAGGACUCCAUCACCCGCAAAGGAGACUCUGGGGGAUCUCUGUUUCUUGAAAAGAGAAAGCGCUUUUUUCAGGUUGGGGUGGUGAGCUGGGGCACUCACGGCUCCGACGAUGUUUCCAGUAAGUUUCCUCCAUCGGAUGCUCGGGACUUCCACAUCAAUGUUUUCAAAAUGAUGUCGUGGCUCAAGAAAUAUUUGGGCAAUGACAUUCAAUUCCUCUCUGAUGUUAACUAGAUACAGUGCUUGCAGCAGUUGAAAAUGAAAUAACAUGCUAAAUAAAAAUAUAAAUACAGUAAUGUUAAAGUUUCCAGUGGAUUUGACAUUUUUGAAUGUGAUAUUUCAAUAAAUCAAGCACACUGUGGUUAUGUUUUGUAAUCUCUUUUAUUACACUGUGAUUCUCAAAUCAUGUUAAACAACAGAAUGGAUAAGUGGAUAUUUAAUGCUAAUCAAAUUAGGCCACAGACUGACAGCACCCGAAUAAAAUAUGAGAAAAUCAUUAACCUCAUUGAACAACACAAUUAUGUCUCAGCAUUUAUUUCAAUUACUCUGCAAAGUGUUACUCCCAUUUAAACACUUAGGCUGUUGGUCUGUUAAAGUCAUGAAUUCACUCUAAAGCAUUCAUUUUAGUUAUAUGGAGCCAAGGGGCCAGUCCAGGC